AAUCGCAGCAUGCCCUCACUUUACACUCAAAUUCCAAGACGCCACGACAGGGUUUGAAAUUCAAAUCCUGCAUUCGGGCUCCGAUUGGCAGUCAAAUUUUCAUCCACCUUCGGAGCGGGUGGACCGGACCGUUGGCGCGUGCAUCCGCUGUCUUCCUUCCUCUUGAUCUCGCUCAGUUCAGUCCAGUCCUGAAAUUUGAUUUCUGCUGCUAGCUUCGAGGAACCUUAGCACACCCAAUAACCUUGAAUUCGUUAACGUAUUUUGGUGAUUUGUUUAUAAGGAGAUAAGUCCAAACUACGGAGUGACAAUACCUUACCGGGGUGCAUUCGAGAAGGGUGUCAGUUCGGCUUGCGGUGCCGUCGUGGUCGAUAGAGUGUUCGUUAUCCCAGGAUUUCGUGUCCAGGAUUGGAGAGAAACUUAGCUUUUUGGCGGCACAGGAUGGCAUCUGUUUCGCUGCGAGGUGACACUGGAGAUCUGCUGAAAUAUGUUGGCCUGUCGACGGUUGCCGCCGGAUUGCUGCUGGUGUUGCUCAGCAGGAGGGAACGCCGGAAACGGACCGCCACCGAGCGUUCGGUUGUGUUCGUCACUGGCUGCGAUUCCGGUCUAGGAUUCAACGUGGCCAAGCAAUGUCACCGAUUGGGUUUUACCGUCUUCGCCGGCUGCCUAAACGUCGACUCGGAGGGAGCAUCGCUGCUGAAGGAAGUGAGCAAGGAAACUGGCCGACUGGUGGUGCUUCCGCUGAAUAUUACUCUCGAGGAGAGCAUUAUGAUAGCGCACAAAAUGGUGAAGGAUUUUCUGGCACGCGAACCGGAGUUUGAAUUUUACGCCCUCAUAAACAACGCCGGUGUGAUGUGCUUCGGAGAGUUCGAGUGGCAGCUGGUGCAACAUAUCGAGCAGCAGAUUGGGGUAAACUUGCUGGGUACGAUGAAGGUUACCAAAGCGUUCCUGCCCCUGAUUCGACGGCAGCGCGCUCGAUUGAUUAACGUUACCAGUCACUGCUCGCUGCAGGCCCUCCCCGGUCUGUCGGUUUACUCGGCCUCCAAGGCGGCCCUUCGCUAUUGGAACGAAGCGCUGCGGAUGGAACUGUCCUACCACGGGGUGGAUGUGGUGAAUUUCAUCCCCGGCUCGCUCGUUAUGCAGACAAACAUUAGUGCCAACCAACAGGUUUAUGCCACCGAAAUGGCGGCGGGAUUCAGUGAGGAACAGAGAGACUACUACGGGAGGUAUUUCGAAGAGUAUAACGCGUAUUUGAGCUUCAUUUCGGGCGUCAAACCGGUGCAAAGUUUGCCGGACGACCACUUUGUGGUGAAGAGUUUUACGAACGCUCUGCUGGAUGAGAAACCCGCGCUUGUUUACAAAUGUGAACCGUGGCGUUACAAGGUGUAUCACUUUCUGUUCCGUAACACUCCGGUAGGCGUUAGCGAUUGGUUGGUGCGGAAGUUUAUCACGUUGCCAGUAUAUAAACCUCCCCACAAAAAAGAAACUGAGGUCCACCAGGAGUAAAAAUCAUGAAAUAAUUAUCACAUCUAUAUUUCAAGAAUAUAAGUAUUUUUGCCACUUGAAA